AUGGAGAUAGUGGGCUUGCAACGACCACAAAGCACUAUUCAACUUACCCAGGAGUCACAUGCCCUGAGGUCUCCAGCGAGGCUGUGGGUAAAUCCGCGUCUUCGAGAUGAUGGGGCGAUGGCCAGCCCACCCGUCAGCGCCCGGGAUCGCCUUUGCCACCAGCACGUUCAGCUGGUCUCGCCCUUAGAUGAGGAAUUGGUUCAGCAGGUGUCGGUGCCGCGACCGAGGGUGCACCCAGGUGCCCACCUCUUGCCUCGGAAGGCUGGUGAAGGUGUUGGUCAGGAUGCGGUGUUCUGCGCAGGUUCGCAGGUGGAGCAGACCAUUUUCAUUGGAGCCUUUGAGACCACGGGGACUCAGCACUUCUCUCCAGGCAGCAUGUUCUGUGCCAACGCGGGCGCUGAAGUCACCAAGGACAAUCAACUUAUCCGUCUUCAGCACAGUCGACAGGAGGGCGUGUAG